GCAGGGAGGGGGGCGGGGGCACGGCCGAGGGGCUGGAGCCUGGAACUGUAAGAUAGCCUUUCUGCAACAUAGCAGCCUAUUCUGCCAGUGAACCAGUAAGCUCAGUUCUUCCCAAACUUGUUAGGUGGCAGAAGCUCACAAGCGAUGCUGAGCUGACAUCCCAGCAGCCUGCCUGCAGCUCUCCUCCAGCAGCAGCGUCAGCUUCCUGGGCUCUGCAGUGUGGACCUGGCUGAGAACCUGCACCCAGAGGCUGACGGCGGGAGCGGAGCGGGAGGCCGGAUCGCGGCAUCCUGGGCUGUGCCGCUGCUGGGCGCGGGAAUAAGGCGGGAUUCCAUGGAAGAGCAGUGACGGCUCCGGCGGCGCGGGCUGCAGGCGGGCGGCAGAGCUGUCUUCAGCACCUGGCCAUGGCGCUGCGCCGGGCUGCCUAGGGAGCCCAGCCUUCCUCCGCGGCAGUCCUCUUCUAUCCUGAAGGAAGAAAUCCAGGUGAAGGAAGACCAUGCCUUUGUUUAGUAAAUCGCACAAAAAUCCUGCUGAGAUUGUGAAAGUUCUGAAAGAAAACAUGGCCAUAUUGGAGAAACAAGAAAAAAAGACAGACAAGGCAUCGGAGGAAGUGUCAAAAUCUCUGCAAGCAAUGAAAGAAAUUCUGUGUGGGACCACAGACAAAGAGCCACCCACAGAAAUCGUGGCCCAGCUGGCACAAGAGCUCUACAACAGUGGCCUUCUAGUGACCCUUAUUGCCAACCUGCAGCUGAUAGAUUUUGAGGGCAAAAAGGAUGUUUCCCAGAUAUUCAACAACAUCUUGAGAAGACAAAUUGGCACGCGCAGCCCUACUGUGGAGUACAUUAGUGCCCAUCCACAUAUCCUAUUCAUGCUUCUAAAAGGAUAUGAAUCCCCAAAUAUUGCCUUACGCUGUGGAAUUAUGCUGAGAGAGUGUAUCCGCCAUGAACCCUUGGCCAAAAUCAUACUGUUUUCAGAACACUUCAGAGACUUUUUUAAAUAUGUGGAAAUGUCAACAUUUGAUAUUGCUUCUGAUGCCUUUGCUACAUUCAAGGACCUGCUAACGCGACACAAAUUGUUGGUGGCAGAAUUUCUGGAACAAAAUUAUGAUGUAAUAUUUGAGGACUAUGAAAAACUCCUUCAUUCUGAGAAUUAUGUAACAAAGAGGCAGUCUUUGAAGCUUCUGGGUGAACUGAUUCUGGACCGACACAACUUCGCCAUCAUGACGAAAUACAUCAGCAAACCAGAAAACCUGAAGCUGAUGAUGAACUUGCUGCGAGAUAAAAGCCCCAACAUUCAGUUUGAAGCAUUCCAUGUGUUCAAGCUUGUUUCAGCAGAUGGAGAGAGAUGAGCACUGCCUUCGAAGCCAAUGCUCUCUGAAGCAUCAUGUCUGCAGCCCUGAUUGGCAGGGCUCUGGCAACCCCAGCCCCAGCCCAGCCAUGAGCCUCACCCCAACCCACGGGUGGUGUUUGCUGGCAGUGGUCACUUGCAGGUCAAUAAGGGAACGUCUCCGAAAUUGCAGUCCUCAGAGCCAGUCAUUUAAGUCUGAUCCUCUGAGAUUUGGAGCCUGAAUCUGAAGGGUGCUUGGCUGUGUUCUGAGCUCCUGGGGUGGGGCUGGUCUCCAGGGCUGGAUUAACACAGAGACACGUGUCCAUUGCCUCAGCCUCUGGAGUCACAUGAGAACUUUGGGCUUCCAGCCCGUGCUAGGAAAAAGUGUCUCAUGGUGUGUUGCUGGGGAAUGCCUGCCCUUGACAAAGUGAGAGUGACCCACACAGAGGUGCCCAGACAGUCUGUGAGGGGUCACACUGGGAGCUUCGUCUGCAUGGUCUGCACACAGAAGAGCACUUGAAGAGAGCCAAACCUGGUGGUAACACGAGGAGCAAGGUUCCACCCUGGAGUCUGCGUGGGCAGAAAUGUGUCAGACCAACAGGGACCAGUGAUGGGCCCCAGCCCUGCAAAAGAACCCUUUUCCAGGGUAGGGAAUCUUUGGACUACAUGAGAAAGUAAGGGGUAAGGAGGGCUGGUGAAAAAGGGCUCACUGUGUGUGUGUCUGCAACAGGGGGGAAGAAGUGGUCUUACAGGAAAAACGACACAUGCCAGGCCCUGGCAGCCUGUCUUACCAGAAGUUGGUCCUGCAGUAGAUCACAUAACACAUCUGAAAGUAGAGUCUUCCCCAAGCUCAACUUGCUUAGAUCUUUGAAAGAAAAAAAAGCAUAAAAAUUGGUGAGGAUUAAAUUAAGCACCAUAGUAAUAUUUCACAGCAGGUGGGGACACAUCCCUAAGUAAAUGAAAAUGAGGUCUUUUCUAAUGUGAUUUUGAAAUAAUGACAGUGCAUUUGGUGAAUUCACUCAAAGUGGUUCUUCUGCUUUAGGGAGUGCUCCCACCAGGAACUCGCAAUUUAUCUGAAAUUACUAUCUGAGGGAGCUGUGUGAUUGCAGGACGUGGUUCAUCAGAGUGAAGGCAGGAAAGAAGAUUGUAAACUGGAAAGAUAAAGAAGCUGGAGGAAGCCUCUCCAUUCCAUUCUGCACACAGCAUUCAGGGGUUUGGAUCGCAUGAACAAAUCUCUGCCAACAUACGAUGUAGGAUGCUGCAAUGUCAAACCUUAUUUGAUACAGCAGAGUGCCAGGAAUCUUUGCACCAUAAGCUUCUGUCAUGGGAUUUGGGCAGCUUGUGCUGAAAUCAGGAAAAUCUGAUUAGAAGCAGCCACAGACUCCCCAGAGUGUCCUGGUGUGUACAGCAGCAGGUGUGAACCCAGGAGAGGCCAAGGACUCUGGCCUUCCACAAAUGUGGGCGUUAAGACCUCUUGAGCCUCUUAAUCUGCAUUCUCCAGAGACAAGAUCAGAUGAGAAGGAAAGAAUGACUUGGGCCUCUGCUGUUAUCUAAUGAUAACAGCAGUCAUGAGAGGGAGAGGAGGUCCAGAUCCCAUUUGUUCUCUAGCAUGUGCUUUGCUUUUUCUUGUGAAAUUGGAGCAGGGCUAAGAGAGCCCAGGCCUCUGUCCAAGGGGUGCAGUGGUGUUUGGUCAGUAAAGAAGCUUUCUCGCUGGGCCAACAAAUGCUUCAUUUCUCUUUCUGAAGCAGAGGGACUUCAACAUUUUGGCUGGAAACACAUUCCUGCAGAGCAUCUUAUGCCUGGCAGUGAAAGUUGAGGCGGAAGGGAUACACGUUUUGGUCUCUGUGACAUAAAAGGAAAUUGUAUGUAACUUUCCCACUCCUUGACUGUGUUCUUGCAUAGAGAUGCAGGUUUCCAUGGACUGAGUACAAGGUGUCCCAGAGCCUCCAGUGGGAGUUUCAGCCCCAUGGUGAGAGGCAAUCCGGUGAGCAAGAGCUGCUGUGACCUGGGGAAGAGAAGGAGCUGAAGUCCCUGUCAUCCCAGCCCAUGCUGAAGAGAAGCCUUGUUUCCAGCAAAGCCUCCAGUCCCUCAGGGUCUGAUGUGUACCACAAGGUACCAGCAGCUCAAGCCAGCUCUGAGCACAGUUGGUGCUGGGCAGACAACAUGGGAUCAGGCUAAGGGGAAACCCAAAACAAGAUUAGCAGUUUUGGCCAUGUGGUUCAGCUCCAAGCCAAGCGUCUCACAGGGCUGUGACUUGGCCCAGCUCCCCCAAGCACCCCAGGGAGAGGCAGGCGGUGACCCCAACCCUCCUGACUCAUGGUCCUGCUCCACAGCGCCUGCCUUGCGCUGGCCUCUCUUUCCAGGAAUGUGAGAGGAGGAGAAACAAUCAAAUAACCCACCCCCUUCCUAUGGCGUUGGUGGAGAGGGGCUUUCCAAAGCCACGGUAAAAAUUACCUUUCCCACCUCAGGCUGUGUGACAUGGAGAGGCAGCAUGGGGACAGCCUGGGCCGGGGGUGCAGGGCCAGCCAUGGCCCAGCCAUGGCCAGCAGCUCCCCCCAGCCAGCUCAGGAAUGACGGAGCACUGGGGACAGGGACGGGUGGGGUGCCAGCUCAUCCUGUGAGACAGCGGCGUGCCUUGCACCAUCACCACUGCCACAAGAGCCCCGUGGCUGUUUCCAUCGCCCCAUGGGGGCGAGGUGUUUAUUCCUGGCAGCCGCUGGGAGGGUUUUGCCGCUGAGCAUUGGCCCAGGAAAGGCCCACGCUGCCCUCGCUGUCUGUGGGACUGCAGAGCCCUGCUGUGGUGUGGCACAUCAGGCAUGGCCAGGUGUCCCACACGGUCUCAACCUCCUCCCUCCCUCGCUGUACCCCAGUUCUGCACGUUGGCAGUGAUGCCCACAGGGCCAUGGGAUAGGGUGUGCUUUUCUUCAGAGCCACUCUCUCUCCCAAGCACAGAUUUGGGAAUGAAAUUUCCAAAUGUCAUUGUCCCAUGGCCAAAAAUGUAAGCCGUGUAUUUUAACUGCCACACUGUGCCAGCAGACACCUCUAGCAUAUUGAGCUUUGCCAAGCUGGACACAACCAGCACCUGACUAUCAAGGUGACAGGCAGGAACAGUUUUUUCGUUGCAUGACAGACACCAGCCCAGCCAUGGCAUCAUAGCUCAGCUCCUCACAGUUAAAGGAACAAAACCCACCUGAAUCCCCAAAGCAGCUCUCCUGGGAAGAGCUACCAGUAUGCCAGUGAAUAGAGUUAUUUCUUCUGAGUGUUUGGAGAAGACAGCACCUUGUCUUUGGGGCCAUGAAGUGCCUUACUCAAUAAAGAGGCCCUUUAUUUCCAAA